UAAUUCUUAAUUUCCACCGUCGUCAUUCCUCUCCCCUCUGCCGCCAAUCUCUGAGUCUUUAUUCAAUCCCUCCCGCGUUUUCUUCUUCUUCUUCAUUAUAAUAAUAAUUAAAGGAACAUAUCUUCAUCUAUGUCCAAAAUCCCAGGAUCCCGAGUCCCUAACUUGACCCCUUUUUCCAGAUCAAUCAUGGCCUGGUUUCGUAUCCUCACCCGAAUGUCCGCCACCGCCAAAUCUUGGUUGCCUUCGUCUCAGCCUUCGCUACUCCGAACCAUACCCACUACCCGAGUAGCCUUCGCGUCUCUGAUGCUGCCCUCAUUUCGGAACUUGAGGGCCCACCAAAGGCGGCGAGAGGUCGAGAGUGGUGGUGCUGGGAUCCGGUUUAGGCGGCUACCGGUUGAUGAAGGGAAUCGAUACCAGUAUUCGCGGCAGAGGGGAGAGGAACGAUGACGGUGGAAAAUAAUGAUUAAAUGAAUUAGGUUUUAUUUUUUUAAUUAUUAUAAUAAUUUGGUGAAAAAUAAAAAAAUAUUUUUAUUUUUUAAUUUUUAAUUGCAACAUCACUCAUUUAACGAUCAACAAUAAGAGUUAACCGCUACAUUGCAAACGUUAACAGAGGCUAAUGGCCAAUGACCAAACUUGAACUUUUAACCUAAUUUAAGUGACUACGGAUGGAAUAAAUUAAUUUUAGUGGC